UCUACUUUUAUUCUAUUAGAGUACCCUGGCAGUUCCUCUGGUAAAAUGGACAAGUUUUUGACCUCAUCCCAAAAAGAUCAUGAUACCUCUCCAACAUCAUCAAAUGAACCAUCUUGUUCAAAAUCUGAACCGGAGCCUAAGCGCAAAAAGUGUAUUUCCGCAGUGUGGACACAUUUUGACAAAUUGCAAACCAAACAACUUGCAAAAUGUCAUUAUUGUGGCAAAGAAUAUAAGACAAGCGGAAACACGUCCAACUUGUUAGAGCACUUAAAACGGGCCCACCCUCUUGCCCAGCAAGUUAAUAACGAAACCACGUCUUCUCAGUUAGAGCGAUAUUUUACACGGACAGACGUUUACGGUCCAACAUCUUCCAAAAAGGAAGCAAUUGACAAAGCCAUUGCUGCAAUGGUCGCAACGGAUUUGCAACCAUUUAGCGUUGUCGAAGAUAUUGGACUUAGAAACUUGAUGAGGGUGGUGGACCCUAGAUACGUCAUGCCCUGUCGAAAAACUCUGCGGGACACGCAUAUUAAAAAUAUGAACGAGAGUAUGACGGAGAAAUUGAAGGGCAUUCUUGACUCCGUUGACUCGUGCGCUAUCACAACAGAUGCAUGGACAUCUCGUGCAAAUGUUAGUUAUCUAACUGUAACGUGUCACUUUAUUUUAAAUUUCGAGCUUAAGACGGCAGUGCUAUCUACAAAGCCACUAAUGGAUGAGACAAACCAUUCAAGUCUAAAUAUUGCCAACACAUGGCGUGAAAUAUGCGAUGAGUGGAAAGUGUUCGACAAACUGCACACCAUUGUGACCGACAACGCAGCAUCUAUGAUUAAAGCAUGCUUUAAAUCUGGAAAAUGUGCAAAACGUUUUAAAAAUCACAAAAAGAAUAGUGUCCUAUUUUAA